ACACACACACACACACACACACACACACACACACACACCAUUAAGGGAAAAUGUAUUUGCUGAAUAUAGAUUUCUGGAAUAAUAAACAGUAACAUGACUUCAUUAUGUUGAUAGACAAUGCAUAUUACUAUUAUGUAUUUUUAAUUCUGAUAUUAUUAAUAGCAGUAUGGCAAAGUCAUUAUUUCCAAAGUUAUAUUUCAAGAUUUCUUGGUCAUUCAUGGAUAUAACUGAGAGUCAUGAUUAUGCAAGCAAACAUUUCCCUAUUGGUUCACAUGUUUCUUUUUGUACAUUGGUUACUGUUACUGUUUUAUACUGAAAUGAAAAAAAAAACAUGAAAAACAAUAAAAGGCUUUUAUUUUGCAACACUGAUAACGUUACGGUUUUUUUUUUACAAAUGUAUGCGCUUUGUUUGACUUUGAAAACUAGACAUGCGUAAACCUCGCUUGGUUUCAUUCAUGUCCCCAGACCCCUGUGUGUUGAAGCGAUAUGGACCAAUCGCAACGCGUAUUACAUGAUUACGUAACACGUCCUUCUGAGGGGCGGUGCUUAUCGCGGCCUUCAGGAAAAAAAUCCCUCAAGCCAUCUAGAGUUUUUCAAUGGAAACCGCCCAGGUUUAUUAAAUGCAUUAUUAAUUAACUUACUUUUCAUUGUACCGUUUGAAUACUGGCGUCUAAAAUCACCGCAUCGUUGUUUCCAGGAGCAGUUUGAACGGAUUAAAGUGGCAAUGGAGGAUGUUCAGCAGAAUAACACCAAUGGCUCCGAGUCCCAAACUGUCAUCCCUACAACUAUUACUGCCUCUCAAAUAUCACAGAUAGCACAGCAGAUGUCUCUGGGUGGGUCUCAAGUGGCCGUGGUCCAGCUGCCCAGUGGUCAAUUCCAGGUGCAAGGUGUGAUUCAGUCAGCUCAGUCAUCAGUUAUCCAGUCUCCACCAGCUCAUGCACAGGGUCAAGGAUCAGACAGUGAUGAUUCUCAGGAGUCAUCUGACAGUGGAUCUAACCAGAAGUCAAGAGAAAUCUUGGCUCGCCGCCCAUCCUACAGGAAGAUUCUGAAUGAUCUCUCAGCUGAGGAAGUGGCAACUCAGAAUGAGGAAAAUGAAGAAAGCUCCACCUCCUCUGCCAUAACCAAUGUCUCACUCCCCACUCCCAUUUACCAGACAAGCACUGGCCAAUAUAUCACGAUUUCAUCCAAUGGCUCACUGCAGCUGGCUAGCGAGGGAAUGCAAGGUCUGCAAACUCUCACCAUGACCCACUCGAACCCAAGCCAGCCCACUAUACUACAGUACGCCCAGACUGCUGACGGCCAACAGAUUUUACUGCCCAGCAACCAGGUGGUGCUCCAAGGUGCGGGGGGAGAAAUGCAAGCUUAUCAGAUUCGCUCCUCUUCCUCAUCGCUGCCUCAGACCGUUGUCAUGACAUCCCCCGUCAUCAGCUCACAGGGCAAGAGCGAUGACCCACAAAUGAAGAGAGAGAUACGCCUCGCAAAGAACAGGGAGGCAGCCAGAGAGUGUCGGCGAAAGAAAAAGGAGUAUGUUAAGUGUUUGGAAAACCGUGUGGCUGUGCUGGAAAAUCAGAACAAGACUCUUAUCGAAGAGCUGAAGACAUUAAAGGACCUGUACUGUGUCAAAAGUGGCUAAUGGGACAUUCCUCCAAUCACGCUAAAGGAACUUAACCGGCAUACCUGUCUGCCCACUUGCUUAUACAAACGCAGAAACUUUGACUUUUUGGCGCAGGGAAUACAUUUAAUCCCCCUCCUGUCAAACGUUUGUUUUUAACUCCUUUUUAACUAACAGCCUAAGAACGAUUGACCAGAAACAACGAAUACGCUUUUCAAAGUAGAUGGAAAGAAGGAUAAACUUUUCCAUGACAUGUUUUUAUUUGCAGUCAACAGAUGUUUAUAUUUGUGUAUGUAUCUUGUGCAAGUAUUGGCACAUCUACACUGGGAGUUCUUGCUUUGUUCUCGACCCAUUUGGUUUCCAGGGAAUCUUGAAUGUUAAUUUUAUUGAAGCGCUAGCUCAACACUUCUUUUUGCUUGCAGUAGAAAUGCAGAAUUGACAGACUUAUAUUUUUACCUUAUAACUGAUGCGCUUGAACGGUGUGUGUAUGAAAAUGUGACGCGAUUGUCAUGCAGUUGUGUUUUUGCAUUAUUACCCCGUUUUUGAAUUUCUGGUAUUUCUAUCCCCAUUCCGUGUUUUAUUUCACUGAAUUUUAAUGCAACGGUUCCUACAGAGUCUGAACAUAAUUUAAGGUAAGGGCUUUGACAGAUUUAUGACUAAAUCAGUGGCUAACAGGAAACAGUGGUAUACUUGUUUUAGACUCGAAAUAAGCCUUAUCCUGAAUUGAUAGUGUAAUAGUAUCAGACUUUGUAAUGUCUAACUGGUCUGUAUGCCAUAUCCAUGUACACACUUUAGUUGCGUCUUUUGAUGGUUUUAGCUUAUAGGCUCAUGGAUUACUGCUGUUUAAAAGUGAAGCUGUUACAAGACAAUCGAAUCAGGGAGCACAUACCUGCACUUCACAAAGCAGGACACAUCAGUAAACCAUGAACUCGAUAAAGAUGUCACUUGUUUUUGGUAAGGUGAAUCUAAAUAAAUAUUUUUCCAGCCUUUGAA